AUGCCAGCUAAUGGAAACCGUCCCUUGAAGUUGCAGUUUGGUCUAAUCAACCAUGAGGGUCGCUACCUCACUGCUGAGGCCUUUGGCUUCAAGGUAAAUGCGUCAGCACCCAGUCUGAAGAAGAAGCAGAAAUGGACUCUAGAGCAGGACUCUCAGGACACCCAGGUGGUCUUCUUGCGCAGCCACCUGGGACGCUACCUGGCCUCUGAUAAGGACGGCAAAGUCACCUGUGAGGCUGAUGGGCAAAAUUCAGACUGCCGCUUCCUCAUCGUGGCUCAAUCAGACGGUCGCUGGGCCCUGCAGUCUGAGCAGCACCUCCGCUUCUUCGGUGGCUCUCGGGACUACCUGUCCUGCUUUGCCCAGCUAAUCACAGAUGCUGAGCUGUGGGCAGUGCACCUGGCUCUACAUCCGCAGGCCAACCUGCUGUCUGUGGCCCGCAAGCGCUACGCCCACCUCUCUAUGGAGGAUGGGGAAAUCGCUGUGGAUAUGAACAUUCCCUGGGGUGUGGCAGCACUCCUGACCCUCGUCUACCUGGAUGGGAAGUACUGCCUUAAGACCUGUGACAGCCGCUUCCUCAGCAAUGAUGGGAAGCUCCUAACACAGAGUGGGAGGGCCACAGCGUAUACACUGGAGCUGAAGUGUGGGAAGCUGGCCUUUAAAGACUGUGAGGGGAAGUAUUUGUCUCCCAUGGGGCCUACGGGCACCCUGAGGUCGGGUCGGUGCUCCAAGCCGGGCAAAGAUGAACUAUUUGACCUAGAGGAGAGCCACCCACAGGUGGUUCUGAUGGCUGCCAAUGGUCGAUAUGUCUCCAUAAGACAAGGAGUAAGUCUCGCAGCCAAUCAGGAAGACGAGACGGACAUGGAAACGUUUCAGAUGGAGAUCGACAAGGACACCAAAAAGUGUACAUUUCGCACCAGCCAGGGGAACUACUGGGAUCUGGUGGCCCACGGAGGCAUCCAGAGUACUGCCACUGAAGUGUCAGCAAACAGCAUGUUCUCAGUUGAGUGGCUUGGCCACAAGGUGGCACUAAAGGCUAACAAUGGAAAAUACAUCUGCACCAAGAAGAAUGGCCAGCUACUGGCUGUCAGUGAUUCAAUAGGUAAGAGACCAUUUUCGCUUUCAUUCUCCUCUACCCCCGAAGACGAACAGCUCACUUUGAAGCUGAUCAACCGACCCAUGCUGAUCCUGAGAGGAGAGAAUGGAUUCAUCUGCCACCACAAGAACUCCAACACACUGGAUGGCAGCAGAUCAGUCUACGACAUUUUCACCUUGCUCUUUAGUAAUGGGGCGUACCACAUCAAAGGCGUGGACGGCCGGUUCUGGUACGUGAACAGUGCUGGGCUGGUGUGUUCAGAUGGCGAGGUCCCGGAGGAAUUCACGCUGGAGCUCCUGGAGCCCGGUCGCCUCGCCAUCCGGGGCAAGAACGGCAAAUACCUGCGUGGAGACCAGGGAGGCACGCUGAAGGGAGACGGACUCAGCCUGAGCAGCUCGGCCCUGUGGGAGUAUUGA